AUGAGCGGGGGGCGAGGAAUGGGAGGGAAGAAGGCGAUGGUGUGGGGAGGGUUGAUGAUGCUAGCGAUGAUGAUGACGACUACGAUCAUCAGUCAUAUGAAGGGAGGGAAGGGCAGCAUGAUGGCAUCUCAACCCUCCACCAUGAUGAGCGACGGUGGGCGAUGGUUUUCUGGGAGGGCUGGGCUCAACGUGCCAUCGGAUGGAACGAAGCAUGGAGUGCUAGAGGGAGGGUAUGGACAGCCGAGCAAGAGAGGUAGUGGAACGUACAUGGACGGAAUCCCAGAGGCCAUGGUGUACGCAGGAAGUGUGAACCCCUACAAGGAUCUUGCGCACCAUUCGAGGACCGAGCGCGGGCUGCCUCAGAUUCGUCAUCGAUUUCAACCGUCAGCAGGGAGCGUUGGUUAUGGAAGCAACAAGAUUUUCUCAGCCAACCAAGCAGAAAGAGAUUUGGAGGUGAUGAAGGACUUCGGCCUUGUGUCAGCACAGAAAUACAAGCAGGAGAAGACCAGGAUCCGAGGGCCUGACUUCCCGGGCUCGAGAUCGUCCGCUCCUUCCGUGCACUUGCCAGAGGGCUGGGGGAGCUCGACGGCCACCUGCAGGGAAGUCACCACCAAGGUUGCUGGGCUGAGCCAGUCCGGCUGGGCCCAGAUGAACACUUUGAAGUGCUGCAAUUAUCUCUGCUCUCAGAACGAGUGGGGGCAACUGCGCGAAGGGAAGCUGAUCUGGGGCAUGGGAUCGAGCAAUCGCUACAGCUCUGCCAUCAGCACUCCCAGUGCUGUCAAGCUGGCCGACGGCACCAACAAAUAUAUGUGCCGUACGUGCGCAUGGAACAAGGAGCCUUCAUGGAACGAGUUCGGUCUCAACAACCUCCCCAAGAUGGAGGGGCACCUGUGCAACGCCACUAGCCCAUCGUCAGCUACGGGCGGUCUUGACUUGGGGGGAGAUGGAGUGCAUGCGCUAGAUGAUUGCCCAGACGAGGUCCUCGGAGACUUCACGCAGAUCGGUGAAGGUGGUCAUCUGGCAACAUUGGGCGAUGGUCCUGCUGGGAUGAACCAAGAUGGGCCCAUGGGAUGGGACUAUCCGAUCCCUCCAGUCCCUCAGUGA